AAUUAAGUUAAGAAGAUUUUGAUGAAUUAACCUUAAAAUAAUUAUUAUUUUUUUGAAAGUAUGUCCCAAAUAAAAGACGAUUAUGUUUAGUAUUUUAACGUGUUAAUUGCGAAAUUUAUCAGAUCAAAUAUUGUUUACACUUCACUUCAUUGCCAAGUCCACAAAAAGAAGGUGUCAUUCCACGUAAUGAUUUAAACCGUAUCGUCAGAAUUUGAUUUUAAACUGUCACGGUCAUAUAAAAUUCCAGACACGUAUGUUAUUUUAGCUUAUGGUACACGUUACUUUAGAUAAUCUGGUAUAAUCUCUGUCGUGAAACAUCCUGUUAUAAUAAUUUUUAAUUAGAUAAUAGCCCAGAGUUAAAACAGUUAGUUCAUAGUGUAGUUUAAACUUUUUUUUUAAAUACAAUGGAAGCCUUAUCGAACAGUCUUCAGCCCUACAAGAAUCUAGUUGCUCAAACUGCCAGUAUUGUUACUAUUUUACAGUUCUUUUCUGGUGUAUUUAUAUGUAGAGAUAUCUACAAUAAAAAAUCGACAAAGGGCAUAAGUUCCAUGCCUUUUAUAGGAGGUGUGACCAUAUCAGUUUUAAAUUUAAAGUAUGGACUUCUUCUAUCUGACAGUGCCAUGAUAACUGUGAAUGUAGUGGCCAUAGUUUUGAAUCUUGCCUAUUCUGUAUUUUUCUACCUAUACGCAGAGGAUAAGGUCGGUGAAUUUAUGAAGCCUGCUGGAAUUGGAGCUGCUUUAACAGCCGUUCUUUUGGGCUAUUGUGAAUACGAGCACCCUGACUAUUUAGAGUUCAGAUUUGGUCUGAUUCUUACGGUGCUUAUGUUAGCUUUACUCGGAUCGCCUUUAAUAGAUCUGAAAGAAAUUAUUAGAAAAAAAGAUGCUUCAAGCAUUCCAUUUCCUCUGACUUUUAUGGCAACUCUUGUAACGUUUUUGUGGUUGCUAUAUGGUGUGAUUCUACUAAAUAACUUCAUGAUUUUGCAAAAUUUUAUUGGUUUUGUAUUGUCCCUGAUCCAGUUAAUAUUGCUAUUCUUAUUUCCUGGAAAUUCCAGUGUAUCCAGCCCAAGUAAGAAGAAGAAAGCUAAAUCAACUAAGAGGGAUUGAAUUUUUUUGUAAAUCUAGGUUUUAAAUCAUAUUUUAUUCAUUCCAGGAGUCGAAAAUGACAGACAAUAGCCUUCAUGUGAUACUGAACAAAGCUUUUUACACAGACCACUGUGAUUCAGUAUUUUUUUCUUAUACAAAGUUUAUUGUAUGAAAUUGUUAGGAAAAAAUGUAUUAUAUUUAUAAAAGUAAAGCCAGUGACUUGUCAUUUUACUAUUGUAUUGUUAAAAGCCAAAUAUACAAUUGUUUUAUAAAAAAAA